UUUUCUGCGUGUGCAGAGGCCACAUAUCACAUUAACUAUUCAAAAAGUUUUAAAGAGAAAUAAUAUCAACAUGUUUUCGAACGUGGUAUGAAUUUUUGCUACGGAAUAAAAACAUAGGUACCUAAUUUUGUUUUUUUAAUUUUUAGUCGGUGAUUAUUUCGAAUUGCGGGGUUAAAACGUGUACAUACAAAUGAAAAAAAUCCAAUAAAACUCAGCUCUGUACCUAAUCGCGCGUUCAGUGAAACGAUAAGAUAACAGAAAUCAAUUAAAAGUGAAUCAAAGAAGUUGUUUAAUCAUGUGUAAAAAUUUGGAUAUUUACGUUAUCGAUGUUCGGUGAUAUUAUCAUAGUUGAUCAAAUGUGAGAUGCCAUCUUCAAACAUUUUAUUAAAGAGAUACAAAUAGACCUACCUACACGAAAAUGUUAUGAAUAAAAAUACGAUGAAAGACGUAAGCAUCGUACCAUGAACCCAUCGCAUUGACUAAUAUUCCAACGAAAUGACAUCGAAAAAAGCAAUCUUCAGACAAACACUUAUAUUGCUACCAGUGUACGUAAACGUGGUACUGAUGGGAGCAACGGUGGGAUGGAUAGCGAACGCGUUGUAUCUAUUGAAACAGCCAUCAGCCAUUGGUAAGGCGAUCACAUUCACUCAAGGAUCGUGGAUUGCAGCCUCAACGCAAGUAGGAAAAUUGGUAUUCGCAAUUCCGGCAGGAAUUUUGACCGAUAAAAUAGGAAGAAAGAAGAUCUGUACCGGCGUAGCUGUCACUAAUGUCGUAUGCUGGCUGACGUUAUCAAUUAGCCAGUCCAUCGGGAUGAUUUUUUUUAUACGAUUCAUGCAAGGUGUGACCAUAGCACUGCUGCAUUCUGUGGCGUUAAUGCUGAUAGGCGAAAUAGCUUCACCACGACUUCGCGGGACGUACGUAGGCAUGUAUCAAGUAUGUUCGUACACUGGCACCCUGUUCGAGUCAAUAGUGGCAGUAAUUUUCCCAUCAUAUCGAAUACUCGCAUACGCAACCACAGCAUUAGGUUUAAUCUACUUCGCUCUAUUUUGGUGGCUAGAAGAAUCACCCAGUUACCUCUUAAGCACUGGUAAAGAUUCUCUAGGAUUCCAAGUCCUACGUCAUAUUCGACCCGACUCAACCGAAAGCGAACUAAACGAAGAGUUUGAUUCGAUGAAGAGAAGCAUAAACGCCGAAAAGGAAAGAAAAAACACCUCGAAUUUUAUGCAAUUUUUAUUCUCACCCGUGAAUCGAAAUUGCUUAUUGUUAAUGAUAACAAUGCACUUUUUCGCUUGCUUUACCGGAUCAGCACCUUUAUCUUCUUACGUGACUUUAAUUCUUCCCAAGAAUAACUACGUGGAGAAAAAAUUCUACCCUUUGAUUUCAGUCAGUCUGAAAAUAUCUUCGGCCAUGGGGGUGAGUUUUAUACUCGAUAAAUUACCCAGAAAAGUAUUAUACGUCUCAGUGACGAUAUUAGUAUUCGUUGUACAAAUGGCCAAUGGGUUUUUGAGUUUAUUUAGAACGUUGUUCGGUUCAAAUUGGGAUAUAGCCUAUAUAAUCGGAAAUUAUGUAUUUUUACUCAUCUGGGCGAGUUUUCUGGAGCCAAUCAACGAUUUAGUACGAUCGGAAAUACUGCCUCAGAAUAUAAAAGGGUUCGGAAGUUCAUUAUGUGUAAUGUCUAUGGCAGCUUCGAAAGCGUUGAGUUACACGUUAUUCGAGACGAUUUCCAUCAACAUGGGCAUGUCCUGGAAUUACUGGAUUUUCGCGAUUAACUCUUUGAUUACAGCAUUCGUAGUUUAUUUCGCAUUACCGGAGAGUCGCGGCAAGUCGUUGGCAGACAUUCAACACAAAAUGAGCAAUGAUGUUAAUUCUUAGUUUAUCGAAAAAGAGGCGUUCUAUAUUAGCGCCUUAAGUGUAGCGGAUGUUGUACAUUUUCACUCGAAAAACGUUCCGGCGGCGCGGCGCGCGAAUAAACAUACAGCGAUCCGGUGAAAAUUACUGCCAGUCAGAUACGCGAACACAAUCAGGAUAAAAGUUUUCGCCGGUUGAAUUCUUUCAACGUAUUUUUUGCUGUUGGGUGAGAAAGAUAUUAUACUAAAUGAAGGGUUAGUUUUGAUGAUGGUAUUUUAUUCGCCGGAUAUAUUCACGGUUAUAUUUUGUUGUAGAAUUUUUUAAUUUAAUAAAGUCUUAUACGAAACGAG